UUGAGGAAGGCUCUGCUCUGCUGCUCUGUUUGUAGAAGCUGAUAAAAUGCCAGGUCUCUGUAGCCUCGGGGGAGAGCCCCGCUUCUUGAUGAUGUGAUCGAUCACGCUUCAUUCUCAUUAAUACAAGACGCUGGCUUUUAGGGAGAGGACCGCUGUCUGCUUGUCCUUCAGCUUCGGUGGUCUUUCUGUGGGCAAGGGGCUCGUGGGAGAGCCCUGUGAGAUAUACACUCGUUGUAGCUUCCUCAUUCCAUAUUUGCAUUUGAUCGUUAAGGAGAUCCUUUGGGAAUAUCAAACCUCCAUGUACGACAAUUUGUACCUGCAUGGAUUUGAAGACUCGGAGGCGGGUUCGGCUGACUCGUACAACAGCAGACCGUCUGAUUCAGAUGUCUCACUGGAUGAGGAGCAGGGCGGCCAACAAGAGAAAGAACAGCAGGCCACUGUCCAACUGGAAAGGGCGAAGGCCAAAGCAGUGGCCUUCGCUGUGAGAACGAACGUCAGCUAUUGUGGUGCCCUGGAUGAGGAUGUUCCUGUCGCUGGUACUGCCAUUUCAUUUGAUGCUAAAGACUUCCUUCAUAUCAAGGAGAAAUACAACAACGACUGGUGGAUCGGGCGGCUGGUGAAAGAAGGCUGUGAUAUUGGUUUCAUCCCCAGUCCUAUAAAGCUUGAAAACUUUCGCUGCCAGCAGGAGCAAAAAAGAGGGCGUUACCAUGGAAAGUCUAGUGGUAACUCCUCCUCCAGUCUGGGUGAAAUGGUGUCCGGCACCUUCAAACCCAACCCACCUUCUGCAGGUAAACAAAAACAGAAAGUGGCCGAGCACAUUCCUCCAUAUGAUGUGGUUCCCUCCAUGAGGCCUGUGGUCUUAGUUGGCCCAUCGCUUAAGGGCUAUGAGGUAACAGAUAUGAUGCAGAAAGCUCUCUUUGAUUUCCUAAAACACAGGUUUGAAGGAAGGAUAUCAAUAACAAGAGUUACUGCAGACAUCUCUUUAGCCAAGAGAUCUGUGCUGAAUAACCCCAGUAAAAGAGCCAUCAUUGAGAGAUCCAACACCAGAUCCAAUCUAGCCGAGGUUCAGAGUGAGAUCGAGCGGAUCUUUGAAUUGGCCAGAUCCCUUCAGCUUGUUGUCCUGGAUGCAGACACAAUAAAUCAUCCGGCCCAGCUCCUCAAAACAUCUUUGGCUCCGAUUAUUGUCCAUGUCAAAGUGUCUUCUCCUAAGGUAACAAAGUUACCAUCGCAUUUGUUUUUUACACAUAUCUGGCGUAUUGAAUUAAUGACAAAAGUAUUCAAUGAUGUAAUCGUCUCUUUAUUUAUAGUAUGGGUGUCUUUACAGGUAUUGCAGAGGCUGAUCAAAUCACGAGGGAAGUCUCAAAGCAAGCAUUUAAAUGUCCAGCUGGUGGCAGCAGACAAAUUAGCCCAGUGUCCUCCGGAAAUGUUUGACAUUAUUUUGGAUGAGAAUCAGUUGGAGGAUGCAUGUGAACACCUGGCGGAGUACCUUGAAGCCUAUUGGCGGGCCACGCACACCUCCCUCAGCACUCCUCUGAAUCCUCUACUGGGCCGUAACCUGGGCUCUACUACACUGUCUCCAUACCCCACAUCUAUCUCUGGAUUACAGAGCCAAAGAAAUAAAAACAGCAAUCACAUAAGUGAUCACUCUCCAAUGGAAAGGCACAGUUUGAUGACCUCAGACGAGAACUACCACAACAACGAACGACAAAAAAAGAGUCAUAACCGCUUAUCGUCCAGCUCCCAGCAGAGUCAUGACAACUACCCACUGGUGGAAGAAGACUACCAUGAUCCCUACCCGGACGCGUACAAACCUCACCGAAACCGGGGCUCCCCCAGCAGCUACAGUAAUGACUCACGGCACAGACUCUAGAUCAAUACCCAAACCACUACUAUAUCUAUAAGCCAUUUUCACCAAAUGUAGUGCAGUGCAUUUCCAGGUGCCCAUCCAUGGGUUGUCUUUACUAAAUGCAAAAUAUCAGCACUGUGGUGUGUGGAGAUUUUAGCGACUGGCCAUCCGGUCCCAAAAACAGGCAUUCUUACGAUUUGUAGGAUUUGCAUACAGAUUUUGAACUUGCUGGCAUGCAGGAAUGCUUAAGCAGACUAUUAGCACAGAGCCUUUUGCACGGUUUUAGUAGCCAAUGGAAGCAGAGUGUCGUGCAUUUACUAUUUUUUAUGCUCUUUUUUUAUGUUUUCCUGUGACCAGGCACCCUCAGGUACAGAGCAGGAUUGCUUCACGCAUGUCAAAAUUUUAGCUGUUUUUGUGACCUAAAUGAAUAUAUCAACAGGAAGUGUCAAAGUACACUUUUCUAAACAGAGGUAGCAACAAUAUAUACAUUUAUAUAUAUAUAUAUACCAUAAUGCCCACAGUCACACUACAAAUAAAAAUGGUCCCAAGCUGUCACUGGGGCAGUGCCCUGUCUUAAAAUGUACAGAUAUGUAAACAUUUUGUACCAAUAUAGGUGCUAAUCUGAACUUUUUAGGUGAAAAGGUGUACUUAAAAAAAAAACUGGGUUACCGUCCCAAUGACAGCUAGAGAUCCUUUUUGUCUGACGGUGUAUCAUAGCACUGUUGGUUUGAUUUUUUAUCCAUUUUCAGAAUUGAUGGGGUGCAUAAAUAUUUUCAUGAAGAUAUCACAAAAUCAAACUGAACGGCCCUCAAAAAAGAUUUCUUUAUACAAAAUAAGUUAUUUCUAUAAGUGUCCUGGACAUAAUUUUUCCCCACAUGGGUUUAGCACAUCAUGUUUCACUUUAUGUGCCAGAUUGACUCCAUGUAUACUCAUCAGUGCCAAACAUGUUACGAUUUGUUCCUCUAUAGUGUUUAGGUUUGUCAGACGUUGUCGUCUUGACCUACUGAACAUGUGCCUGAAUGAGAGUAAUGUUAUUGUUUCUGUGGGUUUUAUCAGGUACACUGAAGGUUAAUGUAUUUAUAAAAUAUUGGAAUUCAAUUUAGAUCAUUAGGCAUAGAUAAAUUAAGAUAAUGUAAGACUAUAAAAAGAAAUGGUUUAUUUAUUGUUUUUUAUGUAUAAACAUGAGCUUUUCUUUAGUUAUUGGAGCUGUUAGCAAAGCUAUUUAUGCACUGUGUACUUUUUGCUUGUGUAAAACAGCACCAGUCAGGUGUCAGUAUUGGCUUUGCAUGUGUAAAACUACUUGGUCGUGUUAAAGGUUUAUGAAAAUCUGACCAAAAAUAACAUUUAUUUUUGACAUUGUUCAUAUGUUGUGUAAUGAAAUUCAUGAUGUUUUAUUGUCAUUACAGUUACAUUUCUGUGUCAUCUUAGCAGCAGAGUUAUUUAUUUGUUUCUACAUCCAUUACGUUUACUAUGUUAUAAAGAGCAUUAAGUCCUAAUUAAGUGCUCAUACUUCAUUCAUUUAAUUUAAGAUUUGGUCAUUUUUAAGUGUAAAAACUGUAUGUUUAUGUGGAAAAACAACUGGAUUUGUCCAGUUUUCAUUCUGCUGUGUUAUUUAGAAACCUAUGAGAAGCCAUGAAGAGGUCGCUUUGAUCAUUAUAAACCACUGCAUUUGCUAUGUGCACAGCCAGUAGGAAGAUAUUCAGCAGUCGACUGACUAAUUUUAGUACAAUAUAAAUGUAGCAUUUAAAAACAUUAAGUACAUGUUUAUUGCUGGAAAUGAUGGGCCAGUCUUUGUUGUUUAGGUAAAGUGUCCUUACUUUUCAAUCACUGCCACCCCCAUUCCACAUCAUACAUGUAAAUAAGGCAGCCUAUAUGUUUAAGAAAAUUUUAUUUGUACAAAUGGCUAAAAUCAUUUUGAAACAUGUUUUCCAUAUGCAUCCAACAUUGACAUUUUUCUGUGCUAUUUUUUAAUGUCUGAUCAGACCUUCAUUUGUAAAAAAAAACAACUCUGUACUUCCUAUCUUAAAUACCACUACCACAGUAAAAUCAUGCAGAUAUUUCCAUUGAACCCUCCUGACCUGGGGACAGAUGUAUUUUUCCUCAGUGAAAGUUUUCAAGUGGCAUGUUAAUAAAAAAAGAAUACAAAAUAAAUGGCAUCACUUUACUAUGCAAAUAUGUACAGUGCUGCAUGCUACAGCUUUACCUCCCUCUGCAACUUAACGGUUCAAACAGAAAUGUGGGUAUUAUUUGUGUGGGGUGGUAUUUGAGAGGACAGCACGCAUAUCUUUCAUUUUGCAUCAUUAGAGUAAAAAACAAUGUUUUUGGAAAAUAGAUGUGUACAAAUAAGUGAGUUUAGUUGCAUUUUAUUUUGUAAAAUAAAACUGAAUGUAAGAGGCAUUGUGUUGAGAAUUCCUUGUGAUGUUUCAUU